AUGACCUUUCCCCUAGAAGCGUCUAAUCUUGUGGCGUACCUCCGGGCAUUCUCGGUGGCCACAGCGGAUCCCGAUCUGAAUGAUGCUUCUACAAUCAUAAAACCGCUCCAGUUCGGCCUCAAUAAGGACGACUUGAACAAAUACUACCUCAGUAACCUCCGGCCUGAAUCACCGCCCAUUCCUUACGAUCUACGAUCCCAGGCUUCCACCGCUCCCGUUACAUCCACCGAUUCCAAACGAAAAACACAUGCCAAAAAGCGCAGCUCCGUCACGGGUAUCAACCGCAAAGAACAUCGCAAAUCCCUAGCUCAAAGAGACGAAGAAGCCUCCGAUGGCUCAGUUAAAACUUUAGGCGUUUCUGCCCUUCAAUCUCCUACCGUCACCCUCCCACUGCCACAUUUCUCCUCGCCGGAUGAUCCAAAGAAGAGAAAGAAGAAGAACCCUUUGGUGAAAUUGUUCCAGAAGUCUGAUAAGAGCAGCAUAUCCUCGGGACCAGAAAACUCCCUACCCAGCCAAGAAAACAAGAGCAGUCUCGACACCGACCAUGGAUCCAAAUCCCAUGAAGGGGAACCUGAUAUGCGUAGUUUCACCAUAGACUCCGGCAGUUCUAUGGAGAGACAUUCACUUACUGAGCCAAGUACCGCCAACACCAUCCAGGAUAGUAUGUUAGGCCUUCCGAGCGGAAACGUCACUAGCAUAAGUGGCUCCGAUUUACCCGGGUCGAACUCAUCCACUGAUUCCGCCUUCACUGAUAUUGAAGGAGGUUCACUUCUGGACGUUGGGUCCGAUUUGAUGUACGAUUACCUGGUUCCAGAUAGUUAUGUCCUUCAAGAGGCCAAACACCUGCGAAAGCAGAAAAGAAAGAUCAAGAAGGGGCAUUCCUCCGCAAGCCUUACCUCCUCGAUGCAAAGGUCUAGUCUCGACGACGAGUCAAGAGAGAAACCGCGGGUACGGAAACAAGCAAAUUCCCUUCAAUUUGAAAAGAUUUAUUAUAAGGUUGGAAAUCCGGAGCCGGCUCCUUCCAACCUAAGCCGCAUGAUUCUGUCAAAGUUCAGGUCGACGUUCGUGAACCCGUUGAACUACUAUGGUUUCGUUGCAUCAGACGCUCCGGUUCCUAACGCCCAUAGAGUUUUUAUUGACUUCUUUAUGCCACCAAAAGAUACACCAACACUUCAGAAGGUUGCAAUCUGGAAUACAACGCCAGUUCAUGACUGUAUUGGCUACGUGCUUUUGCAAUUAUCGAACUUGACCGAAUACAAGGAGUCUUUGGAUAAGGAAUUCAUCAAUCCCAACAACUGGAGGAUGGAGCUCAUUGAUGAGGAUGGCGAAUUGUAUGAUGGUAAUUUUGGUGUUCUCGACAGAACAAGGCAGUUAUCAUCGUACAACAGUCCCAACACUCUAGCGUUAUGUCGGGUGACCAAACCGGCCGAAUUGAAAAACAACGAAAAGCAAUCCCCUCUUCCACCUGAUUUCAAACAAAACUUAGAUACUUUUGACAAGCAUCCGGGCCAGAAGAAGUCUAACGAGCCAAUGACGCCUCAGUUUGACACUAAGCCUGGUCAAAUGGGUGUUGACACAAUUGAGGUAAAGGUUGGGAAUAUUCCGGAUAGUCAUACAAACAUCGUGAGCUUCUUCAUUAGCUCACAUAUGACCGUAGGUCAUCUUCUUGAUCUCAUAUGUCUGCAAUAUCAGAUCGACCCACUACGAUACCGUCUAGCACAGGCAGAUUUCCCUGAUAUACAGACCAACUUGUUGGGAGAUGACAUAAAACUGUCCAAAAACAGCUGGCAACAGCCUUUGGAUAAUGCAGCCUUGCUUUCUACCCUUCCGACCAACAAGUUUAAGUUUGUGCCUAAUUUGUCACAGACCAUUCGGCCACUAACAGACGUCAAAGUUGAUAGCUUUAGGGAUAACAAUAUCACGCCCUCGUCUGCUACAUUCAUACCAAAUGGAAUCACACCUCCUACUAGUCAACUUGAGAAUAGAGCAGAAGAUGUUUCAGCCAGUGUUACCGACGAGAAAGACAGAAUGACUGCUGAAAUAGAGAAGCCAGCUGCAAAGAAACCCCAUAAGGUAGACCCAGAUAUGUCCGCUAUUACCAAUAGAGCUAACAAGCUCUCUUUUGGUGAUAUCUUGAACCAAAAUCGCCCAAGUUUACCGGUCAGUUUGAACACCAUUUACUUCAAAUGGACAGUGUAUCGAAAGAAGCCACCAAUUAUCAACAGAAUCGAGAAGGCGCUUAUUAUAGACGGCGACUACAUACACUUGGCCCCACAGAUGACCAACAACCUAAGCCACCACCAUUACCUUCAUCACUAUAACUACUCCAAAUUUUAUAAAGAGACCAUGAUGAAAACAAGCUCCUUCCAUAUUACACAGAUUGUCAAGCUCAAGCAGUACACUCAGUCCAAAAAUCCGAAUCACUUCAAGAUUGUGAUUCAGAAACCCGCAAGUGAGACAGGUAAGGAUGCAGCUGUGAAGAAAAAGUACGAUCUCGAGGCCGAGAACGGCGCCCAGUGCGAAGAGAUUAUCGAAAAAAUUAAAUGGUCUCUUCACGUUUACAACAAUAUGAUUGAUAAGUGA